AUGGCGUGUUUGAAUACUUUAAAAUUAGAAAUAAAAACUCUUGAAAAAAUAUUUAACAGAAAUCAUGAACGUUUCCAAAUACUCAACUCUAGUGUGGAUGAGUUGACUUGCCGUUUUAUCGGUAAAAAUGGAAAGCGUUAUGAUAUUCACGCAAAUAUAACGGAAACAUACCCAUCAUCCCCUCCAGUUUGGUUUGCCGAAAGCGAAGAGACCAGUGUCACAAAUGCUGUUCAAAUUCUCAGCAACACAAACGGUCGUGAUAACCACGUUAUAAAUCAGGUUGGAAUCUUACUAAGAGAACUAUGCCGCCUACACAAUGUCCCGCUACCACCCGACUUAGAUAACCUUACAAUACCAUUUCAAUUGCCACCGCCCAGUGUAUCACCCUUACAUCAAAUGCAACAGCAUCAAAUCGAUGACAUUGACUCUGAUCCAGACGAAAUCGAAGAUCCUGUAGGUGACAGCGAACAAGAAAGCGAAGGCGACGAAGAUCUUCCACUUGAAAUGGAUGAUGGCCGAAAUAUAAAUAAGAAGGAUGAAAUGGAGGUAGAACACUUAGCCACACUUGAAAGACUGCGACAAAGUCAAAGACAAGACUACUUAAAGGGAUCAGUUUCUGGUUCUGUGCAAGCAACCGAUCGUCUCAUGAAAGAGCUACGUGAUAUCUAUCGUUCGGAUUCCUUCAAGAGUAACAUGUACUCAAUAGAGCUGGUAAAUGACUCAAUAUACGAAUGGAAUAUCCGUUUAAAAUCGGUCGAUCCGGAUAGUCCGUUACACAACGAUUUAGUUAUGCUUAAAGAAAAGGAGGGCAGAGACAGCAUUCUCCUGAAUAUAAUAUUCAAAGAAACAUACCCAUUUGAGCCACCUUUUGUUCGCGUUGUGCAUCCCAUUAUCUCAGGCGGUUAUGUUUUGGUGGGAGGGGCAAUUUGCAUGGAGUUGCUUACAAAACAAGGCUGGAGCUCGGCUUACACGGUAGAGGCCGUCAUAAUGCAAAUAUCAGCGACUCUAGUCAAAGGAAAGGCUCGCAUUCAAUUUGGAGCGACAAAGGCUUUGGCCCAGGGACAAUACAGUCUAGCCCGUGCGCAGCAAAGUUUUAAGUCAUUGGUACAAAUACAUGAGAAAAAUGGAUGGUUUACUCCCCCCAAGGAAGAUGGUUAAAACUUAAUUGCACGCAUAUUAAUUAUAUAUUAUACAGUAUAAAUAACUUUUAUUUUCAUAUCCAUUUCCGUUACGCUUUUCGUUUACCGUUAAUUUUUAUCACGAAAACAAUUGUAUAUCUUAAACAAAUCUCGUUUUUCUGUUAAAAUAUGUCUACUCAAGAAAAUAAAAUAAAAGAAAAAACAAAACUUUCAACGACGCAUCUAUUGAAGUAAAACAAAAAAAAAUUAGAAAAAAAAAACUUUAAAAUUAUGAAUAUUACCUAUAAAAAUAUAUUAUAAACAAUAAAACUAAACAUUUAGGUUUAUUAUUCAAUUAAAAUUAAAACAACAACAAAAAAACAUAAAAGCUAACGAAGUAUUUAAAAUAAAUAAGGAAACCUCAAAAAGAGACAAUUAUUUUUAAUUCUU